CUUCCCUGGAACGACGAAGCCAAGAUAUCCGCCUUCCGCCGUGGCCUGUCGAGGGAGAUCAAGCAGCGUCUCUCCUUCAUCGACCCUCUCCCUCUCCGCUUGGUCCCGUUCGUCGAGCGUUGCCUCAAGAUCGACGCACGCAUCAUCGAGCUCAACAACGAGCUCCGAAACACCGGCCCUGUUUCCUUCGGCACCCAGGCCUUCCACUCCCGCACCCCGUCCUUCCAGCCGCCCGCCCAGGAGCCUCCGGUCCUCUACUCCGAGCCGAUGCAGAUCGACGCCGCCGUCGUCAGCCGCCUGACCCCCGAGGAGAAGAAUCGCCGCUUCCAGGAGCGCCUCUGCUUCCGUUGUGGCAAGCCCGGCCACGUCGCCAAGUCCUGCCCCCUC